AUGCCUGAGGCCGGCGCCUCGGCCGCCUCCCCGUCCGCGUAUCGCCCCUCCUCCUACUCGUACACAUCUCCUCCGCCAUCCACCCACGUGUGGGACUCCCCGUCGGCCUGUAGCAGCAGCGAAUGCGCGUCAUCGCCUGCGUCUGACGAUGUGUCAUCCGACCUCCCGGUGGGUAAUUUCGACCGAGAUUGGGAAAUUCUGAGCGACCUUUUGAUCGACGAUGCGCUCAGCGCGCUUCCGCCUCCACCGGCCGCCACUUUGAGCCACCAUUCGCCCCAUUUGACGCAGACGUCGGCCCAAUUGGGACAGAGCGAGGCUUCGCCUGCUUCUCCGUUCUCAGGGGCACUUCCAGCCGGGUACAGCAGCUCGAGCAGCGCCAGCAGCAUCCCUGAUGUAGCUCAGGUAGCUCCACAAUCCGUUGCCACGAGUGAGGGCCCCAAAAACGUCGCAAAAGGACGUGGCAGAGGCAGGAAGGUCGCGGGUUCAGGUCUGAAGAAGGAGCCGCUGACUCUGGAGGAACAGAAGAAGCAGAGACGACGCUCGCAGAUCGCCUCAAGCGUGCAGAGACACCGAGAGAAGAAGAAAUGCCUCGUGACCUCGCUGCAGGCCGAGAUGGCCGGACUCACGGCGCAAUUAUCAACUUUGAGAGCCCAGAGGAGAAGCCAACUGGCCGAUAACGACCAGCUUGUGGCGUACGAGGAGGAAGCCAUGACGCAACGUCGCAAGAGGAAGCAGGCCGAGCAGAGAAACCAGGUGCUGAAGCAGGCAUUAUUCCAGCAAACAGCCUUCUUGGGAGGCAUGAGAGCCUUGAUGGGAGGAGGAGGCUUACCCUGCUCCAAGACGCUCGAGUUCCAUGACUGGGUGCACUCGUACACAGCGUUAGCGUCGAGAGACGCGCUGGCCAGAAGGAAGGAGUACGUGGCUCACUUCCCCAAGAGCAAGAUGGAACUCGCUAACAACCUGGUGCUCAAGAACACUGAGGGCGAGACCCAGAGACUGCUGGCUGGGGGACAAGUGUACUCGGGUAGUGUGAAAAUGCUGCACGAUGGAACACGUGACGCCCAGUUGCUGGGUGACGGAGACACGGACGUCCUGAUGCGAGAGCUAUUUAACACCACGACCAACACUCCGACCAACACUCCUCAUUGUUGCACAGCGGACGAGGCUGGUGAUGGACGCGUGAUCAAGGAGUUCACUUCGGUCUUUUUGUUCAAAGAGACGCCUCAGUGCACGCUCGAUAUGAUACUGGAUCUCGUGUUCACGAGCAUGCGGUCCAUCGGUGUGUACUACCCGGGAGUUGCGUACCAGUCUCGAUCGGUGGACGAAGUGUACCUAGACGAAGGCGACGGGGUGACCAAAUCGCGUAUCUAUUACACUGAUUUGGCCGCGUCGAUGGAGCCCAUUCUGGAAAUUGUGGACGAGUCGCGGCAAACCGACGAGAUCAAAGUGGAGGCUCGUGUCAUCACUCGAGAACAGCGCAACUCGGACGGAGGAAUGAUAUUAUGGGACUACGUCGACGAUGACUCGCUACACCCGAUGCCCGUGGACACACCGGGUCGUAAGACUAUUCGUCGAAACGUGUGUGGUGCGAUGGUCAUUCGACGUGAGGCAGGUACUGGCGUGAUAUCCGUUCGCCACACGUCGAUCAAGGGAUACUGUCCGUUGCCUAAAGCCAAGAACUCGCCGUCUACACCCGAGACGCCAGACGCAGAGGAGGCUCGACGGGCCGUGUCGCGACGUAUUGGCCUUCAGGCGUCAGAGUGCGACCGCAUCAACGAUCGAUGCACUCGCUACGUGUUCAACGACAUCACGAGUCGCCUGAACUCUCUCCAUGUCUCCUAA